CAGAGGGACCUGCUUGCAACAUGGGUGACUCCUUCAUCAUUGCCAUAGACUUUGGCACUACUUAUAGCGGGUAUGCCUUUAGUAUAACUGAACGAAAUGAAAACAUUGAGCCACGUUUGAAGUAUUGGGGUGAAGAAGUUGGACUGGAAACCCCAAAGACUCCUACCUGCAUCCUGUUUGAUGAACAAGAAAACUUUAUAAGCUUUGGUUAUAAAGCUAAACAAUCUUAUGUCUUAAAGAAGAAUAAAGAAGAGAGAAAGUUGUUGUUCUUUGAUUGCUUCAAGAUGUCCCUCUAUGGCAAAAAACCUACCAAGGAUCUGAAGAUCACAGCAGCCAAUGGAAAAUCAAUGAAUGCACUAAAAGUUUUUACAGAAGCAUUGAGAUUCCUGAAGGAUGAUGCACUGAAUUUCAUCAAUAUAACCACAGCGAAAAAGUUUCUCUCCUCUGAAUUUACCUGGGUGCUUACUGUUCCUGCCAUCUGGGAUCCUUCAGCCAAACAGUUCAUGAGGGAAGCUGCAACUAAGGCUGGAAUUGUAACCAAAGAUACUGAGAAUAAACUGGUCAUUGCACUGGAACCAGAAGCUGCUUCACUCUGUUGUAAAAAGUUGCCAGCUGAAGGUUUCAUUUCAGUAAACCAAAAGGAAAAUCCAACAUUUGCUGAUUCUCCAGGAACUCGAUACAUUGUUGUUGACUGUGGAGGAGGAACUAUUGACAUGACUGUACAUGAAGUGCUGGAAGGAGGUGGCCUGAAGGAGCUACACAAAGCCUCUGGAAACAACCUGGGAGGCCAAACUGUGGACCGAAAAUUUAAAGAGUUCCUCAGGGAAAUAUUUUCAGAUGGAGUCUGGGAUGAAUAUGAAAGAGAACACCCCAGUGAAGUUCAGAAAAUGAUAUAUGAUUUUACACUUUUCAAAAAACAAGAUGCAGAUGCAGAGAUUAGCUGUCCUUAUAAACUUGGGGAUAUUGCUCAAAAAAGGAAAGAAAUAGAACAGUUAUUUGAAGGAGUGCAAGGAGUCUCCUGGGAUGAAGGAUGUAUUGUCAUCUAUAAACAGAAAAUGCAUUAUUUUUUCUCUGAAAGUCUAGAGGGUAUUACUAAGAGUAUCAAAGAAAUGUUUACCAAAGUUCAAGCCAUUGAUUAUAUUCUGUUAGUUGGGGGCUACGCGGAAAGCAGGGUUCUGCGGAGACAUAUCAAUGAGGAAUUUAAUGAUGACUGUAAAAUUCUGUGUCCAUCAAGACCACAAGAAGCAAUCCUGAUAGGAGCUGUAGAGUUUGGAAGAAAUCCUGCACUUGUGAAAUCUCGUAAAAGUGCCUUCACAUACGGAGUUUGUAUUAUUGAGAGCUUUGAUAAAUUAAUCCACAGGAAGGAAAAGAAGUUCACCAAUGAAGAGGGUGAAUGGUGUAAUGAUAUCUUCAUGACACUGGUGACAGCUGAUGACGAUGUUGGUUGGGAUGAAAUUAGAACUGAGAUUCUGUGUCCGCUUGAACCAGACCAGACAGUUAUAAACUUCACCUUUUAUCAGACAGAGAAAAAACAAGUCAAAUAUGUGGAUGAAGUAGGAGUGGAAGAAAUUGGAUCAUUUGAUAUCCAGUCACCCGAUACAACACUGGGAAUGAAACGUGAGAUAGAACUGAAAAUAAAGUUUGGCUUCACAGAGAUUACAGCCACAGCCACUGACAAAGAGACAGGCUCAAAUCAAACAGUCAAGUUAAACUUUAUAACAAAACCAUGA